GCCUUGGAUGGUCCACCGUAAACUCAGCCUACGGAGAUACCAUUGUCAUGCCUUGUCGACUCGACGUACCUCAGAAUCUCAUGUUUGGCAAAUGGAAAUAUGAAAAUCCUGACGGCUCCCCAGUAUUUAUUGCCUUCAGAUCCUCUACCAAGAAAAGUGUGCAAUAUGACGAUGUACCGGAGUACAAAGACAGACUGAGCCUUUCGGAAAAUUACACUCUGUCCAUCAGCAACGCCAAGAUCAGCGAUCAAAGGAGAUUUGUGUGCAUGCUGGUUACCGAGGACAACGUGUUUGAGGCACCGACGAUAGUCAACGUGUUCAAGCAACCAUCUAAACCUGAAAUUGUAAGCAAAGCACCAUUUCUCGAAACAGAGCAGCUAAAAAAGUUGGGCGACUGCGUUUCGAAAGACAGUUACCCAGCUGGCAACCUCACGUGGUACAGGAGUGGGAAGCUGCUGCAGCCCCUGGAAGGAGUGGUGGUCAUAAAUUUUAAAAAAGAAAUGGAUCCAAUUACUCAAUUAUAUACCAUGACUUCCUCCUUGGAAUAUAAGACAACCAAGGCUGAUAUACAAAUGCCAUUUACCUGCUCUGUGACGUAUUACGGACCAUCUGGCCAGAAAACACUUCAUUCAGAACAAGCAGUUUUUGAUAUUUACUAUCCGACGGAGCAAGUGACAAUAGAGGUGCUACCGCCGAAAAAUGCCAUCAAAGAAGGAGACAACAUCACCCUCAGAUGCUUGGGCAACGGGAACCCUCCUCCUGAGGAAUUUCUGUUUUACUUACCAGGGCAGCCUGAAGGAAUACGAAGCUCGAAUACUUACACACUGACAGACGCGAGGCGCAAUGCGACGGGAGAGUACAAAUGCUCGCUGGUAGACGAGAAGAGCAUGAUCGCCUCGACAGCCAUCACAGUCCACUAUUUGGAUUUGUCCUUAAAACCGAGUGGGGAGGUGACCAAGCAGAUUGGGGACACCUUGCCUGUGUCGUGCACGAUAUCUGCCAGUAGGAAUGCCACUGUGGUUUGGAUGAAGGACAACAUCAGGCUUCGAUCGAGCCCGUCAUUUGCUAGUCUUCACUAUCAGGAUGCUGGGAAUUAUGUUUGUGAAACCGCUCUGCAAGAGGUGGAAGGACUCAAGAAAAGGGAGUCCCUGACUCUUAUUGUAGAAGGAAAACCUCAAAUCAAAAUGACAAAGAAAACCGACCCCAGUGGACUGUCUAAAACAAUAAUCUGCCACGUGGAAGGUUUCCCAAAGCCAGCUAUACAGUGGACCAUUACUGGCAGCGGAAGCGUCAUAAACCAGACAGAGGAGUCUCCGUAUAUCAAUGGCAGGUAUUAUAGUAAAAUUAUCAUUUCCCCUGAGGAGAAUGUUACCUUAACUUGCACAGCAGAAAACCAGCUGGAGAGAACAGUAAACUCCUUGAAUGUCUCUGCUAUAAGUAUUCCAGAACACGAUGAGGCAGACGAGAUCAGUGAUGAAAACAGAGAGAAGGUGAACGACCAGGCAAAGCUAAUCGUGGGAAUCGUUGUGGGUCUCCUCCUCGCUGCCCUUGUUGCUGGUGUUGUCUACUGGUUGUACAUGAAGAAAUCAAAGACUGCUUCAAAACAUGUGAACAAGGACCUGGGUAACAUAGAGGAAAACAAAAAGUUAGAAGAAAACAAUCACAAAACAGAAGCCUAAGAGAGAAAGCGUCGAUGCUGUCCAGAAAAAACUAUAUAAACCAAUUGAAGCAUGAACGUGGAUUGUAUUUAAGAUAUAAACAAAGACAUUGACAGCACUUCAUGGUUCAAGUAUUAAACAGUUCAUUCUACCAAGCUGUCACAGAAUUUUAGAGAAUUAUCUCAAGUAAAACAAUGAAAUGAAAUUUUAAAAAAUAACAAGUUUGGCAGCCAUGAUAGUAGGUCAUACGUUGUGUUUGGUUUGAAUUAUUUUCUGUAAAUGUCUGCACUGAGGAUUUCUUUUUGGUUUGCCUUUUAUGUAAAUUUUUUACGUAGCUAUUUUUAUACACUGUAAGCUUUGUUCUGGGAGUUGCUGUUAAUCUGAUGUAUAAUGUAAUGUUUUUAUUUCAAUUGUUUAUAUGGAUAAUCUGAACAGGUACAUUUCUGAUUCUGAUUGCUAUCGGCAAUGCCCCGAACUUUCUCACAAGCACCUAAAACCCAAAGGUAGCAGCUUGUGAAGAUCAGGACACACACACUGCCCUACUCAGAAACUGAUUUUUAUCACAAGUGAGGGAGAGGCUGACAGAUUGAUGAGCGGUGCCUGAACUGAUUGUGUGUCUGCCGGCAGUUGGCUAACAAAUCCAGACGCACACGGACGCACGUGCACGAUAGCACUACACUCCCACACUGACACUCUGCCUUUUCUGAAAAAGACCUAACACAGAAUUUGGGUAACACUUAUCUUUAGAUACCUGUUAGUACAUUGUUUUUCGUGAAUGGACAAAACAAACCUACGUGUGAGAGACGGUCUGGAAAAAUCAUGAGUAACGUUCCCAUUUUCACAAUCACGAUAUAAAUCACCGUAAUUAAAAAUUGGUCUUAAAUCCUUUGGGUUAUCCACUGCCUUAAAAUUAUACCUGUUUCCUUUUCAAAAAGGGUAUCAGUCAGAAUUGGAGAUUUUUAACAGUGGUCAUUAAUUCAAAGCUGUGUUAUUUUCCACAGAAUAUAGAAUAUAUAUUUUUUUCGUGUGUGUUUUUGUUAACUACGCUACAGAUAUUGAAUGCACCUUGAGAUAAUUUAGUGUUUUUAACUGGUACAUAAUUUAUCAAACAGUACAUGAGAGUGUAAUAAUAAAAUGUCUAUGUAUCUUUAGUUACAUUCAGAUUUGUAACUUUAUAAACAUGUUUUAUGCUUGAGGACUUUUUAAGGUGGUAGUAUAAAUGGCGACUUUUUGAAGUAGACUGGAUAUGGUCCAAUAGCUCCUUGUGACUAGACUUCUAAACUUCGCUCUUUCAGGCAGAUGCCUGGUUUCUGGGAGAAUACUGCACAGCCAUUUUUGUCCCAGAACUUAUAUAACUUUAACUGAAAAAAAAUGAACAUUAGAUUUCCAGUUACAGAACCAUGUUCUUUGAGAGGAAAACUGGUGUUUGUUUUUUAGACUCAUGGAAUAAAAAUGUAUGAAGGCAAUGAAUAAUUAAUUGAAGAUUAAACCCAGAUGGAGAUUAGGGAAACUGUUUUGCCACUUCUACAUUAUUUAGAAACACACGUUAUUGUACAUUUGUGAACAAUUUAUUGUCUGAGCGAUAGUGACUCAGUUUAAUAAAAGCUUCCUGUAGUGCAUUGGUAUGGAUUAAAUACAUAAAAUAUUCUAUUAGACUCAAUGCUGUAUAAAACAUUAUGGGAAAAGAGAAAAUAUAUUAUUUUGCCUCUAAACUUUGAUUUAUUGAAGUUUUAUUUGGCAGGAAAAAAAAUUGAAUCAUGGUCAAUAUUGAAACCAAAGUAAAAGGGGAAAAACCAAAGUUACCGUUUUGCAUGGCUAAGCCAUUCUGUUAUCUCUGUAAAUACUGUGGUCUGUUUUUUUCUCUUUAGAAUUUUGUUAAAGAAAUUCUAAAAGUUUUAAACACCUGCUUUCCACAAUAAAUCAUGAACACUAACGUGAAAUUAGAUUACUUCCAUAUUAAUUUUAUUUUCUUCUUUUCAUUUGCUGUGGGAGAUCAAAAGUUUAAAGUUCUACUCCUAAGAUAUGUUUGCAGAAAGAAGCAACAGGGCGAUAGAAAGACAGGGUUAUACUACGGUUACAGAUUUCCUUCGUUUGCAGUGCUUAACUAAGUCCCCAAAACAGUUGUCAGAACCUAGAAAGAAAUCCAGAGCUCUGGACCAAGAGCAGAAAUUUUCCAGAAGGAGGGACGGCAUUAUUCUCAUUGAAUCAGUGCCGGAUAAAGAGGAAUGCGUGCUUGCUAAGGGCAACCGUGUGCACCGCGGUACCAGGAGGAAGAUAAUUCAGUCUUCAACUUCUGAGGUUUUGUAUCUCCAGUUUAACUCUUUGGCAAAGGAGACAGGCUUUGCCAGUUCAAGGUUCGCUCCCUAUAUGUGACUAUAGAACUUGUAUGUGGAAAUGGAUUAACAUAUCCGUCUAUGCCUAAAAGAUAAUAAAAAUGAAAUAUGUCUUCACAUAA